AUGGGCUCGCAUCAGAAUGACUUGGUCCCGCCGUCUGGCUUGCACCGUUUACCACGACCACCAAGCUUGCCGAAUCCCCUUCCGCCCCCGCCGGUGGGAUGGCAGGGCGAGCAGAUGACCGAGUGGCUGCGAACCAAAGCCGAGGAGGAUCGUCGCAAGCAAGCGGAGGAAAGGACGCAGCAGGAGAGCUUGAUUCUGGAACAGCGCCGCAUUGAGCAGUCCAUGCUGGCGGAUUGUUUGAGAGCUGGGGUGCCGUCCCAUCUGCUUCCGUUGAUUUUUGCCGCUUUCCAGCGUACUCCUGCUUCUGUUCAGGGUGCUGCGACGGUGCCGCCGGUGUCUGCGGUUCCAGAGCUUCAGCAAUUGUCGGCCGCGACUAGAGCUGCUCCAGUCCAAGCUCCGCCUCCAGCGUUGCCUCCAGCUCUGCCUCGAUCUCAGCCGCCUUCUUUGUCUUCUGCAUCGGCACAGGCUCCACAGCAGAGCUAUCAGGGACCAGGGUCUGCCAUGAACCCGCCGUCUCAAGCUCAGCAGCCGACACAGCCUGUACAGCAAUCACCUGGCUUCAGACAUUCAUUCCCUAUCAUUGGCCCCGACUCUCGCCCCCCUGGAUCAAUGGAGCUCCAGGGCCCGUCUCAAUCAUUUGGGGCACGAUACACGACUACUGCCCCGCCUCAUUUUUCCGCUCCUCCCAAUUGGGCAUGGGACUACCGACAGCCACCUCCUCUCUCUUUUCACCACUGGACUCCGCCAGAGAGUCUGCUACCUCAAUCGCAAUCGCAAUCACAAUCGCAAUCACAAAAUCUAACCCUGCCAGCCCAUGAUCCUUCCGCACCUCCAAAACCACCUGCAUCCAACAUUCGUCCAGAGCCAACCUCUCCAGUUCACAAGCGAAAAGACGAGAGAUCACAUCAAAAAGUACCUCCUCCAUUGUCUCGUAUAUCUGGGUCAUCCACCAGGCCACAAGAUUCAAGUGACAGCUCGCGAGACAUCUGGUCGCAGCCUCAUCGGCGCCAGAUCAGUGAUGUGUCUAGCACAGGAGCUCGUGGGAACGACGAGGGCGAGUCUUCUGAGCAGUUCUCUGACUUGACACCAGCUCCGACCGAUAUAUCGAGUACCCAGAACACUGUGGACUCUGCUCGAGGUGCCAGUCAGGCCGUCCAAGAUCCCAAUGUGGGACGUCAAAACGUGUCUUUCACACGUCAGUGA